UAACUUAGAAGUUGAUAACUUAUACUCCAAAGCAGCAUCAUCAAUGGCUCCCAAAGGGAAGUUGGAGGCCAAUGUAGAAAUUAAGUCUCCACCUUCAAAGUUCCAUGAAAUGUUCCACAAGAGACCACACCAUAUUUCCAAUGCUUCUGGUGACAAAGUACAAGGUUGUGAAUUACAUGAGGGUAAUUGGGGCGAAGUUGGUUCUGUCGUCUGCGCCAAAUACUUUCAUGAUGGGAAGCCUCAAAUGGCAAAGCAUUUAAUUGAAGCAGUGGAUGAGAAGAAGAAUUUGAUCUCUUCAAAAGUUAUAGAAGGAGACCUUUUGAAGGAUUAUAAAACCUUCAACUUUACGCUCCAAGCUACUCCAAAGGGCAAGGGAAGUGAAGUUCACUGGGUUUUGGAAUUCGAGAAACUGCAUGAAGAAAUUCCAGAUUCAUGCAGCUUGCUUGAGUUUUGUGUGAGCAUGUCCAAGGACAUUGAUGCUCACCUUAUGAAUGGCAAUWAGGAAGAAGCAAAUUAUUUAGUUUUACUAUAUGUUAUAUGUGUACCAACUCUAUGUUUAAAUAAAUGCUCGUAUGCAAUAUGUGUUCUCUUUGGGCUUGUUCUAAGUUCUCGUAUGCAAUAUGUGUUCUCUUUGGGCUUGUUCUAAGUUAUCAUGCCUUGGAGAAYAGUCAUAAAGUAUCCUAAAUGUAAUGCUACUAUUAAAUUAAACUA